AUUAUAUAUAUGCAUGAAUACUCUACUCAAAUCAUUAGCAGGGAAGUUCUCGACAGUUGCAUUGCAUGCUGCCCUCCCUUUUACAGGGUAUAAAUACGAUGACAUUGACACUUCCAGAAGUUAUAGAUUGCGAUCUUUACUCUCUGAAAUUUGGGACAACAGAAUCGAUGAAGGAUUUCAUAUGGCUUAUGAGUAUUUGUUCAUUUAAAUUGUUUAGACAAUUCAUUUAAGCGCUCAGUGAGAAAGAUUACAAGUUCAUUUCAACUAUAGCUAAUGCAAAUCUAGAAAGAUCCCUAGAGAAAUAUAAUUUUCAAUUAUUGAACCUCCAGAAUGGAACUAAAGAUAUUGUCUACUCUGAUUUAACGUAUCACUUUUUUAAAAUAUUAAUAGAUUAUCAAUUGGUGACACAUCAUAAUAGUGCGUAAAGUUAUCUCUUUUCGAUUGCGUGAAUCUAGAUAUACAUGGCAAUGAUAAUGAACGAUCCGAAAUUGAAAAGUAUAAACAAAUUAUAUUUUAGUGUUACAUUUCGAGUUGAAUGCUACAUACUAUCUUAGUUCAUGCUGCAUCCAACUCCCGAGGCCCAUUUCGAAUCCAUUUAUCACAGAGUAUUCAUGAAUCUAAAUAUCUAGGUCAUGUUUGAAUUGAAACUAACACAAGCUGCCAAGACAAAUCCAGAUUUAAUUAAGGUGUUGUUGUUGAGUUCAAAGAAGAGAAUGAAAUACCUCCGAAACCAUUUUAUAGGUAAACAAUAUGAAUGGAGAAUUAUGGAAAUUGAUAAUUUAAAUGUGUGA